AUGCCACGCAAAAUAGAAGGCUUCUUGUUUUUACUUCUCUUUGGCUAUGAAGCCACACUGGGAUUAUCGUCUACUGAGGAUGAGGGCGAGGACCCCUGGUACCACAAAGCGUGCAAGUGCGAUUGCCAAGGAGGCACCAACACCCUGUGGUCUGUGGGUGCCACCUCCUUAGACUGCAUACCGGAAUGCCCAUACCAUAAGCCCCUGGGUUUCGAGUCAGGAGAGGUGACCCCAGAGCAGAUCACCUGCUCCAACCCGGAGCAGUACGUGGGCUGGUACUCCUCGUGGACCGCCAACAAGGCCCGGCUCAACAGUCAAGGCUUUGGGUGCGCCUGGCUCUCCAAAUUCCAGGACAGCAGCCAGUGGUUACAGAUAGACCUGAAGGAGGUCAAGGUGAUUUCAGGGAUCCUCACCCAGGGGCGCUGUGACAUCGACGAGUGGAUGACCAAGUACAGCGUGCAGUACAGGACUGAUGAGAGCCUGAACUGGAUUUACUAUAAGGACCAGACCGGAAAUAACCGGGUCUUCUAUGGAAACUCAGACCGAACCUCCACAGUCCAGAACCUGCUGCGGCCCCCAAUUAUUUCCCGCUUCAUCCGGCUGAUCCCACUGGGCUGGCACGUCCGCAUCGCCAUCCGGAUGGAGCUGCUGGAGUGUGUCAGCAAGUGUCCCUGA